AUGCGCAGAACGCCAGAAGAAACAAAAGUAGAACAAGAAGCCCCCAGAGACUGUGGGAAGAAAAAAGAGCCGCUGAUCUUCAGCCUAGAAAACGUAUACGAGGGCGUACCUGUCUCGAUGAAAGGCACACUAAAAUCAGCCAUUAAGACAGCCUCUCACUCUCAGAAUAGCGCAGAUGCAUAUUUUAAUAAUGAUUGCUCCGGGGGCUCAAGUGUUUUAGAUAGAAAAUUAGACGGCACUGUGCCAUCUUUAGAAAGUAGCCAAGACAUUAAAAGUGCUAAUUUUGUGGAAUCUCUGGAGAUAUCUGCAUACGAAAAAAAGAGCACAGCACUGAUCAGACACAUCCUUACAUCCGCGCUGAACCUCGAGCUCAGAAACUUAGACACCCCACAAAAAAUAUCGCUCUCUUUCUCUGUGUUCUCUUCAAAAAGAUACCUGAUGGGAGUGGUAGCAGGCCUGAACGACCUUUUAAAGCAUCUCUCAAUCUCCACUGAGUACUAUCUUGAUGAAAAAACUGAAAAAACCCCGCAUGGCUCAGAGUCUUCUCAAGUGACCGUCAGUAAUUCCAAUGGUGAGACAAUAUACUCUAUUUGGAAAAACACUUUUCAGCCAUAG